AUGGAGCUUGAGUCGGACUGGAAGACCUACAAUGCCGAUGCAUUACGGGAGACAGAGUAUCCGAUGCUCGAAGGGGAGGUGUAUCUAGACCAUACUGGGGCCACUCUCUACGCACAGUCAGCCCUCAAAAGCUUCGUUAACGAGAUGUCAGUCAACCUGCUGGGUAAUCCGCACAGUGACGCAAGAUCUUCUCAACUCUCUACCCAGAAGGUUGAAGAGGUCCGGAAGCGUACUUUGGAAUUUUUCCACGCUGACCCUGAGCACUUCGACUUGGUCUUCGUGCUGAAUGCUACGGCGGCGGUCCGGCUUGUUCUCGAGGCACUGAGGGAUUUUCCCGUUUCCAAAAGCCCGACGAACAUGUUCAGGGGCCCAGGGCUCUGGUUUGGAUACCAUAUGGAGUCUCACACUAGUAUCGUAGGCGGACGGGAACUGGCCGAUGGCGGACAGCAUUGCUUCUUGUCGGACAAGGAAGUCGAUUCGUGGUUGAAGGCAGAGACUUCCAAGGAAGACGAUAACAGAUGCCCGGGGCAGACGUCCAAGACGUUUCAAGUUGGCCUGUUCGCCUACCCGGGACAGUCCAACAUGACCGGGCGACGCCUGCCCCUUGACUGGCCCACACGGUUGCGAGAAUCAGAAUACGCACCGCACCAGAGGGUUCUCACACUCUUGGAUGCUGCGGCACUAGCAUCCAUGGCGCCGCUGGACUGUCUUCGUGACCCAGAAACAGCACCCGACUUUACAGUUGUCAGCUUCUAUAAGAUAUUUGGCUUCCCCGACCUGGGUGGCCUAAUCGUGCGCAAGCAAUCAGCGAACGUUCUCCUUCAACGGUCAUACUUUGGUGGAGGCACUGUUGAGAUGGUGAUUUGCUCGGACCUUCCCUGGCAUUCCAGAAAGACUACAGACAUCCACGAGGCUCUUGAGGACGGCACCGUCCCAUUUCACAGUAUCAUUGCGCUUGGCUGUGCCCUCAAUACCCACGAGAAGCUUUUCAUCUCCCAGGAGCAUGUCUCCCGUCAUACCUCCCGUCUUACAGCGCACCUUUUCGAGCUUCUUUCCUCCCUGCGUCAUACAAACGGCGCCAAGAUGUGCGAAUUUUAUCAGGAUCCCAAUGUACGCUACGGCGACAGCAAGACACAGGGGUCUAUUAUUGCCUUCAAUGUUCGGUCUGAGGAUGAGCGAUGGCUACGUCUAUCUCGUGUUGAGGAAGUUGCCAACGAGCACCGAAUCCAUCUUCGUACCGGCGCGGUGUGCAACCCCGGGGGCCUGGCAAAGGCAUUACACCUGGAGGACUGGGAGCUCUUCCGGAAUUACACGGCGGGUGUUCGAUGUGGGUGUCGCAACGUUCUAGUCGGCCAUAAACCAUCCGGAAUCAUCCGCGUGAGCAUGGGUGCCAUGAGCACACUGGGAGAUGUGGAGUACUUCGCCAAGUUUAUACACAGUCUUGCUGGGGCUGCUUCGUUUCCUCCACUAGAGCCUCUGCCUUUAGCAUCCCCGAAUACCCUGUACCUCCAUACAUUGAUGAUCUACCCUAUCCGCGGCUGCUGUGCGUAUCUGAUCCCAGAUAAGAUGCCCUGGCAGGUAACCUCGUCUGGUCUACGAUGGGACCGAGAAUGGUGUCUGGUAAAUCUGGAGCACGGAUGCAUUCUGGAUCAGAAACAGGCUGCACGUCUGUUAUUCAUCAAACCCCAGAUCGAUGCGAGCAGUGGGACAAUGCGUAUCUCUGUCCAUCGCUCGCUGCAAAGCCAGCCUAGGCUCAGGGAUGUUCUGCAGAUCCCACUCUCCGAGGAGGACGAGAAGAAAUAUCCCUGGGCCAUGUCCAUCCGUAAUGUGCAAGACACCUCGAGCAACGCCAUCCACCAAGUUCGGGUCUACCACUCUCCCGAUAUCAUCAGCUUCUUCACUGCCGCAACGGGCGUUCGCUGCACCCUGGCAAGGUUCUCGGACCCAGGAAGCCCCCCGGGCCUAUUGGAACGGUCUUCGCAGACUCAAUUGCCCGAAGUCAUCGUCCGCUCCCAACGGAGUCCUAUCAUCGCCCGACCCCCAAGGCAUGGAAUAGAACCAGAACCAGAACCAGCCGAAGACCUGCAAGCAGAAAAGCCACGAUCGCCCCCGGUAGCCCUGAGCGAAACUUUACGUGCUAAUGUGCUAGCCGUUUCUGAUCCGGCCUGCGGCCCUCAGAAACACUGUUUACUACGCAUUGACGAGAGACAGACAGGUACUGAUUGCCACUACGCACGUAUGAAACCAAUAGAAAUUACCGCUGAAAGACAAGGCCCCGAGGUGUUUGAGGCUACCAGUCCCAUGGUGAAGAUGGUUUGGAUGCCUAGUGUUGAGGACGAUAUAUACUUGAGGAGCAAGGAUAGUGGAAUGUUGCCAAUCCACACGGGUCAGAUCGUUCAGAUCUAA